UUGACUGUGAGUUGUCUGAAAAAAUACUUCUUUGUUUUAAACCUGCUGCAUAUUAAUUUCAUGUGGUAACCAUUAGUUCUUGUGUUAGGAGGAGUAAAUAACACUUCUGUAUUUAUUUUCUCCACAGAAUAGAAUAUAGAAGAGAGAGGCAUUGGUGUUGGCACCAGGGGCAUGACGCUGGAUUGCCACUGUAUGCAUCGGGGAGGGGCGACAGUGGGGGUGUCUGUGCUGUCACUGAGGGACAGUGUUGGCCUCUGUGGUGGGCAUCAUUGGUGUCCGUAGCAGCAUGCAAGGCUCUUGGUAUCUGUGUCGGUGACACCGGGGAUGGCAUGUCUGCAGGGGGAGGGGUGAUGCUGGCUGUGAUGGGGGACAGUGUUGGCGUCCAUGGCAGCAUGCGGGGCUCCUGGGGGCUGUGCCAGUGACACUGUCCUCUGGGCUGGGGUCGGCGUAGGGCUGCCCAUACCAGUGGGGCACAGCCCUGGGUUUCAUCGCCUGACGUGAUUCCUGGAGGCCUCAGGCCCAUCCUGGGGGCUGACAAGCCAGCGUGAGGCAGCACUACGGUCGGGCACCGCGCCCCAUCCCCCCCUGCCCCGCCAUUACUGUCCAUGAAUGGCUCUGUCAGGGAAGGGAGCGCGGCCGGACACCGCCUCAGAGGAGAGGGCGCCGUGCGCAUGCGCGCUGGCCACUCCUGUCCGCGUGGUGGGAAUCCUCGCGGCUUCCCCGGAACCAGUUCCGGGCGCGUGACGUCAGGGCGCCGGCGCGUCCCGCUCCCAUCCCGGCUUGACGCACGCGCAAUAGCAGUCGGAGUGUUAUUUGGCCUCAAGUGACUUCACGAGCUGUGUUAAAGGUGUCAAGCGGGGUUACGCCUUUUAGCAGCUGUAAUUAACUAAAGACAUACUGAAUGUCAGGACCAGAUCAGCAGUGAGAUAUUUCUAUCCAAACGCAGCAACCAUCUCCAUUAGCAAAGGUCCUGAGUAUUGGGAUUGACCAUGUCGUUCCGAUUUGGACAACACCUCAUCAAGCCUUCCGUUGUGUUUCUGAAGACCGAACUGUCGUUUGCUCUUGUAAACAGGAAGCCAGUGGUCCCUGGGCAUGUCCUUGUUUGCCCACUCCGGCCGGUGGAGCGUUUCCGUGAUCUGCGACCUGAAGAAGUGGUUGAUUUAUUUCAAACGACACAAAUUGUUGGAAAUGUGGUGGAGAAACAUUUCUGUGGCACUUCACUCACCAUUUCGAUUCAGGAUGGUCCUGAAGCUGGGCAAACUGUGAAGCACGUUCAUGUCCAUGUUCUUCCAAGGAAGGUUGGAGACUUCAGCAGAAAUGACAGUGUCUACGAUGAGCUGGACCGUCACGACAAAGGAGAAGAGGACUCCCCUGUCAAGUGGAGGUCUGAGGAUGAAAUGGAAGCCGAAGCAGCAAGCCUGAAGAAAUAUUUUCAGUAAAAUCUGAGGUGAGACAAUCUGGAACAAAUCCUAGAGCAUAAGAAAACCAAAAAAGGGACUCAUUCUCCAGCACUCUGUGACAUUGGACCUGCAGCUAACCAGCUUAGAUGACAUUCUACAAACAAUGGAUUCGUCCAUGAAACACUCUAUUGUACCGUUGGAUAUCAGUGGGGUUGAAUUUCAGCUAAGUCAACUGACAGACUGCGUUCAACACAACCUAAUGGCUCAUAUUUUCUGAAUGAUGUACGUGGGAAUGACUCUUUUACAAUUGGCCCUGGGCCUAAAUGGAAAUUAAAUAUCCGCAGCAA